AUGGAAAAGUCAAUCAAGGAUGGUGUGCCAAAAAUCUCUACCACCAGUAUGCUCGAGAAACCGACACCUGGACCCACCCCUCAACAAACCCCAGUACAAACUCCUUCAGCUACUCCUGAACCCAAGGCUCCCUCGCAGGGUCAGAGCUCCGAGGAGUACAGUCCUGACGAAGACUGGUUGGGUGAGCAUGCUGCGCGAGAACACGAAGCUCGUAUCCGUCGUCCUAGUGUAACUCGUGCCUGGGUUCCAAAAAGUUCCGGUGGUCCCUCCAUCCAGCAAGAUCGCCGUGACGUGGCUCCUUUCGGCGAAGUCGUAGACUUGGAAGAAGUCCCUCGUGGUAUCGUCCGUCAAGCUCGUCAAUUAGAUGACUAUGCAUUUCCCUAUCAUCGUUUCCGUGAAAAUCUAAUUGAUGAAAGCAAGAUUCCCCUCGUUUUAAUUGCUUGUGGUUCUUAUUCUCCAAUUACCUAUCUUCAUUUACGUAUGUUUGAAAUGGCGACUGAUACCAUUCAUGAGCAAACAAAUAUGGAACUAAUUGCUGGGUACUUCUCUCCUGUCAAUGAUGAUUACAAAAAGGAAGGCUUGGCACCUGCUCAUCACCGAGUCCGUAUGUGCGAAUUGGCUUGCGAGCGUACCUCUAGCUGGUUGAUGGUUGAUGCAUGGGAAAGUCUUCAACAAAAGUACACCCGAACUGCAGAAGUACUAGAUCAUUUUGAUGAAGAAAUCAAUAAGAAGCGAGGCGGUAUUCGCUUGUCCGAUGGAUCACGUCGUCCCUGUAAGAUCAUGCUUUUGGCUGGGGGUGACUUAAUUGCCAGUAUGGGGGAGCCUGGCGUUUGGUCUGAAUCAGAUCUGCAUCACUUACUUGGAAACUUUGGCUGUGUCAUCGUCGAACGAACUGGUAGUGAUGUUUGGGCCUUUUUGCUGGCUCAUGAUCUUUUGUUUGCUUAUCGUGGAAAUGUCCUGGUUAUUAAACAAUUAAUAUAUAAUGAUAUAUCCUCCACAAAGGUUCGACUAUUUAUUCGAAGAGGAAUGUCCAUACGAUACCUUCUACCAAACUCUGUUAUUCAGUACAUAGAGAGACAUUCCCUUUAUCGCGAUGCUGAACCUCGGAUUCGUGUCUUUCUUACGUCCACUGUCCCUGAUUGCGAAAUUUUAUUGUACAAUGUUAGAUUAAGGGAAUUUAGUUGUUAA